CCAGUUGCAACAGACCCUUGCCUGCCAGCUUCCUAGCUCCCUGGCUGACAUCAGGGAUCACAGGCAGCAGGUCKGUUCCCAUGAAAGCCUCAAGGGCAUCCCAGCGCUACAGAAGCAUCAGGAGAAAUGCCAGCCAGCACUACCUCUACCAGGAGUCCCUGCUGCUCAGUAACUUGGAUGACAGCUUUAAUGCUGAUGAAACAGGGGACAGCAAUGAUCCGGAACAAAUCUUCCAGAAUAUACAGUUCCAGAAAGAUCUCAUGGCAAAUAUUCGCUGCAGGCCCUGGACCAUGGGACAAAAGCUAAAAGCACUGAGACGAGCAAAGGAGAUUGUGCUGAAAUUUGAAGGGAGGCUGACCAGGACCCGAGGCUACCAAGCAGCAGGUGCAGAGCUCUGGAGGAAAUUUGCUCGUCUUGCCUGUAACUUUGUGGUCAUCUUCAUUCCCUGGGAAAUGAGGAUAAAGAAAAUUGAAAGUCAUUUUGGAUCAGGUGUGGCCUCCUAUUUCAUAUUCUUGAGAUGGUUAUUUGGAAUUAAUAUUGUGCUCACAAUAAUGACAGGUGCUUUUAUUGUCGUCCCAGAGCUGAUCGCAGGCCAGCCCUUUGGAAGCACAGCCAGCAAGAGCAUCCCCCUGGAGCAUGUUGCAUCUGCCCAAGACCUGGAUACCGUCUGGUCCCUGGGGGGCUACCUCCAGUACUCAGUUCUCUUCUAUGGCUAUUAUGGCCGGGAGAGGAGGAUCGGGAGAGCAGGCUACCGGCUGCCCUUGGCGUAUUUCCUGGUGGGGAUGGCAGUGUUUGCUUACAGCUUCAUCAUUCUUUUAAAAAAGAUGGCCAAAAACUCCCGCACAAGCCUUGCUAGUGCUUCCAAUGAAAACUACACCUUCUGCUGGCGUGUGUUCUGCGCCUGGGAUUACCUCAUCGGAAACCCAGAGGCUGCGGAGAGCAAAACCGCGGCAGUCGUGAACAGCAUCAGGGAGGCUAUCCUGGAAGAACAGGAAAAGAAGAAAAGCAAAAAUCUGGCAGUGACCAUCUGCCUGAGGAUCAUUGCAAACAUCCUGGUUCUUCUCUCACUGGCUGGGAGCAUUUAUCUCAUCUACUUUGUGGUGGACCGGUCCCAGAAGCUGGAGCAGUCGAAGAAAGAACUGACCCUUUGGGAAAAGAAUGAGGUGAGUGUGGUGGUCUCUCUGGUCACCAUGUUGGCACCAUCUGUCUUUGACCUCAUUGCUGCCUUGGAAAUGUACCACCCGCGGACCACGCUGCGCUUCCAGUUGGCAAGGGUCCUUGUGCUGUAUUUGGGAAAUCUCUACAGUUUGAUCAUUGCCCUCCUGGACAAAGUAAACAGCAUGAGCAUUGAGGAAAUUAACACCAAAAAUAACAAAAGUCAUUGGAUAGAUUCCUUCUUCGCCACCAAGGCAGGCYCUGAAGAAGGGAAAUGGUCCACACCUUGGUCUGGAAUGGGGUUCAGAACAAACAGCACAUGGGUCUUGGAAGAUACCAGUAUUCCAACUUACACCAUGCCACUCACCAAGGCCAACAAGACUACGCUCCACACUCUGAGCCUGCAAGGCCAGUGCUGGGAAACAUAUGUUGGCCAGGAGAUGCUGAAGCUGUCCAUCAUUGAUAUGCUCUUUACAGUGGCAAGCAUCCUGCUCAUAGACUUCUUCCGAGGACUUUUUGUUCGCUACUUAAGUGAUUACUGGUGUUGGGACCUGGAAAGCAAGUUUCCUGAAUAUGGGGAAUUCAAAAUAGCUGAGAAUGUGCUACACUUAGUCUACAACCAAGGAAUGAUUUGGAUGGGAGCCUUCUUCUCCCCAUGUCUCCCAGCAUUCAAUGUUCUCAAGCUCAUUGGGCUCAUGUAUCUGAGGAGCUGGGCUGUGCUGACUUGCAACGUGCCCCACCAGCAGGUAUUCCGAGCCUCCAGAUCCAACAACUUCUAUUUGGCAAUGCUCCUGUUCAUGCUAUUCCUAUGUAUGCUGCCAACCAUUUUUGCUAUUGUCCGAUACAAGCCAUCUCUAAACUGCGGGCCAUUCAGCGGACAAGAGAAAAUUUAUGACAUCGUGUCAGAAACGAUUGAGAACGACUUUCCCGUGUGGUUUGGCUCUGUGGUUGGGUACAUCAGCAGCCCCAUAGUCAUCCUGCCAGCUGUGUUGCUUCUGUUCAUGCUCAUCUAUUACCUUCAGAGCAUCGCACGAUCACUGAAGCUCAGCAACCAUCAGCUCAGAAUGCAGAUCCAAAAAGCAAGAUCUGAAGAUAAGAAAAAGGUUGCUCAAAUGGUGGAAGCUCGAAUCCAGACCAAGGAGGAAAGCACCAAGAAACUUCCAAAGGACAGUGACCUCACCAGCCAGCUGUCCUCAGCACACAUGGCAACACCCCAAAACAACGGCAAUGUGGUCAGUUUUGACUCACUGAGCAGCAAGAGCAGCAGGAUAGAAACAAUUACCCAACCCAUGCUCCAGAGUCCUAGGAUGGGGCACAGGGGGCCCUGCUCACCUCUUCCUGACACCUCCCAGUCGAGGCCAGAGCACAGUUCUAACAGGUAUCAACAUGGUCUGUGUGCAAGCACAGGUGACCUUCACAAGAACAGAUCCUGCACACCCGUGACAUUGACACGGCAUAUUGAAGAUGUUCACUCAGAACCUCUUUUCAGGAAAGACUUUAAACAAAUCAACACUCCUCUCCAUAGAUCUGGGGUCUCUGCCUUGGUGGCACAUGGUCACAGACCUCAUGCCCCAAGAUAUUAUAUCAUUAAUGAACGUGACUCUCACAAAAAAUCCCGUCCAGCUUUCUGUUCAGAGAGACAUUUCAAGAUAGAUGCUUCAGGUGACAUUGUGGAAAGGUACCCCAGGAACACGCAGCAUUACAUAUCCAGGGCCCCUCACCAGCCUUGCUCUCCACAGCUGAGUGAAGAAGAGGAGGAGAUGUUGAGGAGAGAGCUGGUCAAACAGUCCUUCCCACCUCACUCACUGACAGACCUGCAUCAGGCUCCUCACUUUUAUAUUGGUGAAAGGUCAGAAAGUGAGGCUCUAGAUCUUGCACACCAGGGAUGGAUGCACUACAGUUCUGCGAAUAAUGAUUUUGAGGGUCACCUUGACAGGCCUAUGUAUGUGCACAAAAAAACACGCUCCCGUCAUUUCCAAUACCCACAGCAUCCGAUGAAGCCCAGAGCCAAGCCCAAGUUUGAGCCAUCCUUCACAGAAUCUGAUUCUAUAUCAGCAGCCUCCAGUAGCGACCAGCAGAACAGYGGCACUGACCAAUACCUACAAGUAAUCCACAGCCAAGGCAAGUUCUCAAGAUCUUCCGGCCAAAUCGGCAGGAGAAAGGCCAAGUCCAGACAGGCACUGAUGACAGAUCUGAGUGAUCUAAUUUGUUCAAAUGUCUAGGCUUCCUCCAGUGACCUAUUCACACAGAUUGGCCCCCUUUUGAAGUACUGGGACUGCACCUGG